AUGCCUUCACUACAAAAAUUCCUCAUCCCGGCCGUCAUGUCCUUUGCCGUGGCUGCAAAUGCGCGCUUCAACCUGGGCGGAGAUAUUUUUGGCAAGCGUUUGGUUACAAACUGUCCAACUGACUGGACUCCAAUUAACUACAACGGUGACGGACGCUGCUGCCACGGCUCCCUGACAGUCGAGGACAACAAUGAUCCUUACUGCUGUGUAAUGGACUACGAUCAGUACCGCGACACCGCAGAUGACGUUCACUCAGCCCUCUCCGGCUGUUUCCCCUUCUGCAGUGGAACCAACUAUGACGGCCCCACAUCGACCUGGAGCAAUGAGGCCAACUGCAUCACCCGGGUUGCCUUCACCGCAAAUGAUUACUCCAGUAUCGUCACUACCACUACUGAUGGCUCUGCUUACACCACUGCGAGCGCUACCUCUACCUACACCGAUUCUAACGGAAACCCCACUUCGACGGGCUACACUACGGGUGACUCGACACGAAAUGCGGCACCUGCCGUUACAGCGGGUGCCGUUCUGGGUGGAGCCGCAGUUGCGGCAGUUUUGUUUGCUCUGUAA